UGAAAUUAUUGUAAACAUCCUGUUUCAGUUGCUUCUCCCAGUUUUAUCGUUUUCAUGUCAAUAUUUUGUAACUUAAAUCACGAGACAUUAACGAAUAUAAAUGCAUAUAUUAAAUACAUAAUAUUUCAUAUUUAUAUUAGCAACGAGAAACCAUUUUGUUAUUAAAUUUCCCUGAAGGACUUGAGUCGAAUUUUGAAGAAAGAAAAACAACGCUAUGGGAAGGAUAACGAACAUCGUGAUAUUUUCACUUUUCGUGUUCUGUCAAGGAAUAUACGCAGCCGUUAAUAUUGAGACUAAAAUAACGGAAGGCAAGACUUCCCAUGGAAUAGCUCUUUGGCAGGAAAUGAUGUACAAACGGCGAGUGUAUGAAAUGCUCAACAAGAAGAUAACAGAUAUCGGUUCGCAUGACGGUACAAAAAAUAGUGGAUUGCAAAAUAGGAACCUCGAGUGCAUAUGGAAAAAUGUUGUGCUAACAUGUAAUGCAACUUUACCUCGCCUUCAGACAUUUUCUGUUAUACUGCGAAUAUCCAAGUAUUUAAUCCAUAUCACCGUUUUAACAGAUGGUAAUGAAAUUAAAAAUCAAAUAAUGCAUAUGUAUAACGAUCCUGUUAGAAGUCUGAGUUUCACCGUAGGAUCCGCAAGUGUUUUGUUUAGUAUAUGCGUGGAAAAUCGCACUGAGAAACAUUUUAGAAUAUGUUUUCGCGUUAAUUACAGCGUAUUCUUCUUCCAAAAAACAUUGUAUCUUGGUUGUUUCAAUAAACCCCCUCUUUCUUCUCAAAAUAUCUCAUUAGACAGUGUCAAGGAUUCGUUGCAAUUUUCCGAUACUGGCAAGUUCCGCAGCGUUGAAAAUAACGUUGAAUACCUUUGUUAUUUCAUGGAGGAUCAGAAGUAAAUAUGAUUUGAACUUAGUGACAACAAGCUACAUAUGGUCAUUAAUGUAUCUGAAUGAAAACAAAGCUAAUGUAUAUAUUGAUAUUACAAUGAACGCAUAACCCUUUCGACUAUGAACCAGUAUGUUUGCCCAAUUAUUUACCUUUCUACACGGAUAUGUUAUGAUCUAUGGAAAACGUCUACUCUGUAUUCCCUUGACGAGAAUUGAAACAACUCUCACUUUGACAAUUAUUGUUUUAUUCUACUUAUUUUCAACAUUUCAAAGCCAAAGAGACAGUUGUUAACCGAGAGAAACCUCAAAACUUAUAAUCCAUCUUUUUCUCCCACUUCGCCCUCACCCACCUCUCUUUUCCUCCUUAAUUGCUUCCAGCAACUCAUCUGUCCAACCAUAUCCGUCGAGCAUUACACGAACUUUUAUUUCUGUAAUUUAUGGGAACAUAAACAAGCGUUGAACAAUUACAUCAUUUCCGACAUUGUGUACUUGCUUGUCGAUGUACUUCUUUCAGAAAUCCACAUACUUGAUUAUUCAGAAGCUUUUCGGCUGAUCGCACAGGUAUAUAUGCAGCACGCCCUCCACAUCUUCGUCAUUAUAACAUCGACGACAUCUUAAAGGAUGUUUGAGCAGUCCAAAGAAUUCAUACUCUGCCCAAGUUGAAUUCAGCUCACUCUACUUUAUGCCCAUUUCUUCCUGCUCAGAACAUCACCUUUCUGACAUUACCUGCAUUCAUGCUCAUGUCUUCGCUGUACGUCUGUAAGUGACGUCUCGCAAGUUUAAAUAAAACAUUAACGGCAACUUAGACCCUGGAUUCUGACUCCACUUUCUCCAAACCCAAGUGAGAAAAUAUUAUCAGCAACGAAAUAAUCUUUGAAGAAGCCGAUGAAGAAACACUUAUAUCCUCAAAUAUAUUAUUAACGUACAUUUGCGCCUGUUGUGUAUUUCUUUAUAUAAUUCGAUUUGUUCUGUGCUUCAUGUUGUUAGACAUAUGUCUCUACUUCUUAUGAUACACUUGGAUAACACAAAUAAAACUUUAUAUGAUUGA